ACCGUAUUUCGGCGAACUCAUCAAUUUUAUCGCUUCGUUGCAUUCCUUAGAGUUUAAACUUUCGUCCUGCAGGUUAAUAAUGUCUGCUUCUGGUGAUCGAUUUGAUUGGUAUCAGUCAGAGGAUAAUAUUUGGAUAGAUUAUUUAAGAAAAAAGAUGGCGCCAACUGAUAUUCGGGUAGAAAUAAAAAGACGGGAGGUUUCUUUGUACCUGACUAUUCCCACCGGUGAUGAGUUGCUCAAGAAAUUCCAGUUGUUUCAUGAAGUUGUGCCAGAAGAUUCAUCAUACCGUGUCACCGCCACGAAAAUCGAAAUCAAGUUAAAGAAAGCAGAUAAAGUUUGCUGGAGUCAUCUGGAAUCUCAAGAUUGUAUCACUGGUUCAGGAAUUCAGACGUCAUAUGAUGUCACCAAAAUUGUUCACUCCUACCCUUCUUCAAGCAAAUCUGCACACGAUUGGAAUAAGAUCGAUAAAGAAGCAGCUGAAAUAGAGGGAGAAGAAGACCCUCUAAACAAGUUGUUCAGAAAUAUUUACGAAAAUGCCUCAGAUGAAACUAGAAGGGCAAUGAUCAAAAGUUUUGUAGGUUCUCCCUUCUUUUCUCUUACUUCUAGUAAACUAAAGAGUUUUGGCUUGAAGUUUAGAUUGUCGUUUCAAUUUCGAAUGUGCUUUAAGCAAACAGGUAUUUGCUUGAUUUUAUCCCAACAGACUAGAUAGUCUAUUUUACUUAAAUGAAACGGACAAAAUAUCUGUGCCUUUCACGUAUAGAACAUUGACGUGAAUAGUAGCGGUAAUUUGUCAUCAGUUGACAAAUAUAUCUUAUCCCAUGACUUCAUUUCUUGACUAGUCCCGCAUAGUUGUUUUUAAUCGGAGUAUCUUAUCUUUCACUGUUUACUAACUUAACCAGAGCCGAUUUGUGCUUAGACAUAAGUAAUAUAUUCGCUUACCACCUUAGUCUAUGAAUUUACACCGCCUCACUAAUUGAUUUGCGACCUUUAACGAGUACCCUAUGUCCAUCCUCAUGAUUGCCCACUCCGUCGACCCAUGAAAAGCUAACAAUUCCUUGAAGAAACCUAUGGUCAAACACCUGGGGUUUAUGCUUGUCUUCUACCUUCAGAUAGCAUGUUUCACAGCCAUACAGUAGAACAGGACAGGCUGCUGCGCAAUACAAACGCGCUUUGUCUGUGAACGGACAUUUAGCCCACGCCAAAAGUGACGCAAGUUGAUUGGGGCUAACCGAGCUUUUUUAGAUCCUUUCCGAGACCAACCCACCAGGACUCUUAAGAUCAGUGAAGCGAUCAAGGUACUUAACUACUUUACUCCUUAUAAUCAGUCCAGGCAACAUUUUGCAUUUAUGGGGAAAGAAACGCAUCCCAAACAUCUCUAGAUUGCUGUUCGAGGUAGCCAAGAAACUGCGUUUCGUCAGCGUUAUCAUCAAAUAGAACUAUAUCAGUUAGGUAUUUUAAUUCGAUAAGUGAACGUCCUGGUGCGAGACUAACCUCUGGAAAGUUGAGAAGUGUUGUUUGUAAGAGAGCAUCUUUGACCACAUUAAAUAAGAGGGGGUAGUGGGCAAUUCUGAUGAAAACCAUCUGAUACGCUCGUGCACUAAGCUAAUGUACUCUCAACUCCGACUUCAAUACCGCAAACAAAACUACUAUCCUUUCCUUCCCCCUGCCUACUGAUCAUAGAGAAGUCCAGUUUCGUAAUGGGAGUGGUGUUGGUGAUGAUUCCAGUGGGAUUGAAGAUACAUUUAAAGUUAUUCAGUUAUGUAUCAGUUACAAUGAUUAGGACUGCGAACUGAGUGGUUUUCAAUAAACUGAAUUAUAUCAGUUGAUAGAGCAAUGUAACGGAAAUUUGCUGGAAGUUGACCUUACAAUCAGAUUACAUCGAUUUUAGUUUUCUUGUAUUUGAAGGUUGAACAUCCCCAAUACUACUUGAGGCUUAAAGUUCGCCAUAAGUGCUGAGUCAACCAAUAGGGUUCGAGUAGAAAACAUUAACAAGGUUUGGAUGGAUAUUCGAUAUGUCUUUCAAUGAAACAUUUUGCCCUUAAACCUAGGUCGAAAGAAUUAGAUGCUACUUGUAGGUUAAGAAAUAUGGGUAUAAUCGGGCGUCGAUAACUAUGUUUAUGUUCACGUGCAAAUAUGAAACCAGGAGCGUAGUUUUACAAGAGCUUUUUUGCGACUCCCGUGGCUGGUAAUGACCAUUAACUGAUAAGAAAUUUAUGAGAAAUGCCUUGAUAUUGCAUGUGUUCCCUUACCAUAACAGUUCUGCACCGGUCAUAGUCAAAGUCUCACAACAUUAUUGGUUCAUUUACUUUUCUUGUCUGAACCUUGAUCACCUGUUUCAAAACUACUUACCAGUGUAGAGGAAUACGUCUGUUAAUAAAAUCUGGUUUAAUCCUUGUUUUCCUGUACUAUUCUCAAUCACUCAUCACUGUUCCGUAAUUAAAGAUAGUAAGGUUUGGAGAUCUGAUAUUCAAAUCAAUUUCUUAAGAUUAUGAAGUGGGAAUUACGUUUUCAUAAGUUGAGACAAUUAUCGAAUAAAUUUAAAUAGAACUGUCCGCUAUACAUCUGUUUCAACAGAAGCCUAAUUGUUAUGAUGAUAUGAUUGUUGAGCCUGCUGAUUCCCACAAGCCUAUGAACUACUUUGGAUAGAAGGUUACUAAAAAUUUUAAAAAAGAAAAACAGUAAACCCUGAUUCUAAGACAAAGGUGUUUUGUUGAAUUUAUGUAAGGAUAUCAUACGUUUUUGAGAACGUUGAUUGAUCUUUCCGACACUCAGAUGUCAGGGUAAGUUAGUUUUCGAAAUUAGUCUACCGUUUCUAUACUUGACGGAUUUCGCAUGCCAUAUGUAAGACACGACAUCAAUCUACGAAGAUACUUUUGGAUUGAGUUAUUUAGGUAAGUGUAGACUACCUGGUUAGGGUCUGGUUGAUUAUCGUUAAGAAUAGUUGGAGAGUUUUUAAUAUAGGUCGAAAUCGUUUGGAAUUUCUCAGAUGCAUUUACUGUUUAUCUUUCUGUAGAUCCCGAUUUUCUAAAUUCUUCAGAAUUUUUUUUUCGUUCAACUGACUUAACGCUUUUUUCUUGGGUUGUAAAGUUGAUGUAUUAUCUGUUUUAUCAUAACGAAUACUCUCACAACCUCUAUUACUCUUGGAAUUUUUGUAGUGUUUUCACCUCGAUGUUCUAAUGGGGUGUGGAAACUUGAACCAAUGUACACAAGCACCAGGUUCUACUUGGCAUAUGUCUGACGAAAGGUUCUCAUUCAGGAGCCAACACUAUGAAAGUAAAUAAUUCUGAAGAUCUGUAUUAAUCCUUAACCAGUUCUCUCUAGGUCUGAUCAAAAUACGGUAUCAUUUCCUGAAUAGAAUGACUGUUUGUCUGAAGUGUUUCGGGAGAUAUAGACUAUCUACUUCAAGUCUGAGGUACAAACGAGUGCUUUGUUUCUUUACGCUGUCUUACGCAAAAUCGCUUUCAAUGACCCAGAUCCAUCGAUUUUAAUUUGAACAGAAAAAAUAUUUCCGUAAGGGACUGAACGCAUUCUAUUUGAAGGCUCUUCGCCAGCCGAAAAUAUACAAACAUUUCAGGGAGUGAUGUACUUAAACACUAAACUUAAAUGUAUUUUGGUCAGCGAACGUUACCUGGAGUUCUUUAUUUCUAAUGUUAGUAUUACUUAUUAUACAUCUCAAGUUAUCGUUUUUCUCUCCGUUUGAGAGUUUAGACAGAUAUAUGUCCCAGAUCCUAAAUUAUUGUCCAUGUGAAUAAUAGUCGUGGACAGCGGCUUUAAAGGCAAAUGAAGGUAGAACUUCAAAAGUUACCUUUUGAGACCUGAGGUUCCCAAAUGCUCCCAAAAUUGAUUAUUCAGUCUUUUCUGCAACUUAAGCUAUUAGAGUUACUCUUGAAAGUCCUCCACUUGUCUCCUUUCACUUUUAGUGAAUUUACAAAUAAAAUUCAUAAAUUCUAUUGUCAUCACUUACCUUUGCCUAUCGUCCCGUCUCCUAAAUACCUUCAAUCCAAUAGACUGUUAACUAUCAUCGAAGUCCGUUUUGUUUUGAAGUGGUCCGAGAUUUCAAUUAUCUUUUAAUAUUUGAAUUCUGGGAUCAAUUGGUGAUGUAAUCUGUUAUUCUCUCAUAGACUAUCACUUCUACUUAUACUGUCUAUCUUGUAAGCUAUCAGUCUAAAUUCCAGCAGCUUAUCCUACUCACUGUCGUCAGAAAAAGUUUCUUUUUCCACUUCCAAAGUUAAUAUUAUCUGGAAGCAUAUGAAUUUGUUACCACUAAUCACCGUUAUCGUUUUGUUGAAAUGGAAUUCACAAAGCUCUUUAUUGGUGUUUUCCUGUUUAAUUUCACUCUUAUGUGCAAAAUGAAGUGAAUGACUGCCGUGUAUAUCAAUAAAACCUGUCCUCUAUACAGUGAAAACUCCAGUUAUAUAGCUCGAAAACCAGAAAAUACUAAUAUAUAUCCUAUUCCUUCAGCGUCUUCGCUUAGCCGUUAUAUCAACUAGGUGAUGCGAAGCAGAACGUACGACUGAAAGUAAUUAUUUUUAUGCUCCUGUAAAAUUGUGGUAACUGUUUGUCAAACCUUGUAUCAAAGAUCCAAUGCCUUAACUCCCUAAAAUCUGAUAAUAUCAGUUAUCGAGGUGGAAAAAAGUUCAAGACGAAUUAAAGUGGUUUUUUACAUGUAAAAAUGGGAUAUCCUUCAGAAGCCUACAUAACAUCUGUGUACGGCUGAUUGCACAUAACCACUUUCAUUUUUACUUUGAAAAUCGUACUUGUAUUAACAUAUUUUCUUAGAUACUGCAGUCCAAAUUAGUGCAGUAUUGUCCGACCCUUGGAUUUUCAUUUUUUGAAAGCUUUCAUAUAUCCCAGUUGUUAGCGAAAAAAUCCUAUGAUGUCAAGCAAACUUUUGACUAAUCCUAAUUCAGCAUUUUAAGUAUUUUUGGGGAUAUCGUUUUAUUGCUUUUAAAGAGUCGUAAUGCAUUGAUGUUUUUAUUCUAGACGGAAUCCGCUGGUACAGUCCUCAGCACAAAUUGGAGUGAAGUUGGAGCAGGUAAAGUUGAAAUACGACCUCCAGAUGGGAUGGAAUAUAAGAAGUAUGAAAUAUAAUGUUUGUUAACAAAAACUGCUUUAUGCUUACGACUUUUUCAACGGAAAUAAAGUAUUUUCACGUUCAU